AUGGAAAAAGAAAAACAUAAAAACCAUCGCCUUCCGGAGCAGAAAAGAGACAUUGCAACGGUAUUUUUUUCGAUAUGUAACAGUUGUAGUAGCCGUUUGCUUCACGCUAGAAUAUCACCAUCACCAACAAGUCAGCCAAGUCCAAGCACCAACGAUCAUAGCAAUCCUUAUCACCGACAGCGUAUCACCAUUCCUCAAAAGAUAUCGCCCUCAUUCUUCCUGGAUGCCCUUCUUAAUCAUCACCGUCCUCAUAUUACCCAUCGUCCUCACAUAAAGCAUUCUCUGUCACCAUUAUCUCUAUCCGCCUUCUUCCUUUCUUUGUUUGCACUUCCCAAACCGAUCCUGUCACAACAACAGCAGCAAGAACAAGAGCAACAAUUUGUUAUGUUCACGCCUCGUUACUCUUCAGGAUCUGUUGUUGUCAACAAAAAACUUUAUGUCAUCUCGGGUACCACCUUGGAGUUAGAAGCAAAGUCCACUGACGAGAUACUUCUACUCCCGCUUGACAAGCCUUUCUUAAUCAACUCUGUCCUCUGGCAGCGUCUUGGCUCCGGUGGUGUCUUUGCAAAUGAUGCACGAGUUGCUGCCUCUGCAGAUGGAUCUUACAUAGUGAUGGUUGGUAUGGGAGAGCCAAAUCUAAUAGACAGUAGCACUGGCCCUAGCCCCAUGGCUAGAGUCUAUGACAUCCAAGCCAAUUCCUGGCAGUAUUUCUCUCAGCUCUUAUUUAACGUCAACAGUCCUCAAUACUCAAGUCGAAUCUCUGAAAGCAUUGUUCUCGAUUCUUCCACUGGUGUGAUUGUGAUCUAUGGUGGAUAUAGUCUCGUUUCCAACUUUGUGCUUAGUGAUGUGACUCUAAUAGCGACUUCAAGUUCACAUGAUUUCAAUUCUUGGAGUUGGUCUCCACCAGCGCCCAAUAACCAGAUGGGACCACUUUUUCAGCCUGUGAUGGUCUAUCUUCCUCAUUUGAGAGCCACACUUGUGAUGGGUGGUUGUCGCACAUUUAGUACUACCUCCAGUGGCUCCAAUUGUUCGUCUUUUACAUUUGCAUAUUUGCUACAAACACAGGUCACGUCUUUUGGAAAUGCGACAUAUUCAUUAAGUGGUGUGACAUUGAAGGGUGGAAAUCCCUUGAAUACGACCGUUUUGACGCCUCCCUCAAGGAUGUCGCCUUGUCAUGUAGUGUUAAAUAAUGGAGAUGUCUUCAUGUAUGGUGGAUCCACCACUGAAGGAAGUCUGUCUGACUCGUGGAUAUUGAGAACAAAGGAUUGGACCUGGUCCAUGGUUACAAUCAACAAUGCACCUACUCAAAGCCGAGCAGGUGCGACCUGCCAAUUGGUGACGCCGAAUCAAAUCGUUGUUGUUGGAGGGUAUGAGGGAGCGGCCUCAGGGCCCAAACAGUUUUCCUUGCCUCAGCUGGGGAUUAUAAAUACGGACAAAUGGUCAUGGGCAGCCAACUUUGAGCCCAAUGGCGGUGCUGCAUGGUCUUUGCCUCCCGGUGCCAUAAUUGGUAUCGUUGUGGGUGCAGGUCUCAUACUCUGUGUCAUUGGACUUAUUGCUUGGCGUAUUUUCUCCAUGAGACGUAAAACCCAUGAGCUCAACGAAGGGCACAACCCGCAAUCGAGCGAACCGCUCAUGGAUGAUGGCGCUCCACACUUUCAACACGAUAGUUGCUAUAACAUGAAUACUAUGAACAAGCUCGACGUGCUUCUUUCGGCCUCGACCAGAAGUGCAUCUUUUACCCCCAGCCUAGAAUCGAAUAGUAGCAAUGGGAUUGGUGGUAAUAGUAGUAAUCGCAGUCUAGUAUCCAGGGCCGUCCCCGGGUUUAAAUCACCUUUACCACUCAUCAUCACUCCUUACUCUCCAGCAGCAACAAUGUCUUCAGGCUCAUUCUCAAUGACUCCAACAGAUCCAUCAUCGUUCAACAACCACAAGAAACAAAACAAGCAAAAGAACCAUCAUGAUACCCUUAACAAUAAGACUAAUAUUGAUCUUCCAGAGAGCGAACGUCUGCCGCAGCAGUUAGCAGAUAUGCAAUAUGGACACUACAUUAGGACAUUACAACAUAAUAAGCAAUAUGAAAAACGUCGUAGUGACCUUCAGAACCUUUCUCCUUCGCUGAGAAGAGUCGACACAACUGUCCUGCAUGACAAGAUUUGGGAAGAGGGCAGUAAUAAUGACAAUCAUCCAGAGGAUCGUCCUUAUCUAGUCACUGGCCUUAUAAACCUCAGGGAUGUAGAUGUUGGAGAAGAGCCCAUGUCGGUUCCGACGCCGUCACUUGAGACAGGUCCUAUGCUGAUUUCGAGCCACAUUGAUACCUCCCGAAUCAUAACAAGUACAGUCGACACUGGCCUACAGCAGGAACAGCAUCAACAACGACAAGGCUAUAUCCCUGUGUUAGGGGAUACUCAUACCCAUGAUGAUGCACCCGAAUAUGUCCCUGGUGUUGGUGGGUCGAAGGAAGCUAAAACAAAUGUUGGAGGAAGAGGGGGUACCAUGUCGGGAUUUGAACAAGCCUUUGGUAGAGCAGAGAUUAUUUCGAAUGAGUCGAUUGAGAGUGAACUGGUCGAUAAUCGAAAAAUAAGGAGAGGAAAUUGA